AUGGCCAUGCGACCUCUCGAGCUAGAGUAUGAGAUCGCAGUGACGGAGCUGUUGUUUACCUGGCUUCCAGGGGGUGGGGGCACAAGCGCCGCGAAGAAAACACUGUCAACGAAGAGCCAGGGGAAGCUCCUAGGAACGCUGCGAACUGUCGCUGUGCGCGUGCUACAGUUCUUGCGAGUGCGCGAGCCGAAGUACGACCGCGAUGAUGACAUCAUGUUUUACCGUGUCCACAACUUCAGUCAGCAAAAGAGCCGGCUCACACUGGAAAGUCGUAGUUGGGAGCCGAACGCGUCGGCGAGUUCGCAACCAAGGCCGCUGAGUCCGACGAGCGAGCGCGGAGGCUUUAUGCACACGGGCCGCUAUCAGUCCAGCGGGCCGCGACUCACGCUCGCGCCGCCAGAACACUCGCCGCAACACCGGGUGAUGAGCGACGAGCACGGACACCAAUUUUUCAUGAACAACAUGGAAGCAAACCACAUCGAACUAGCCCGGCGCGAGGUGCUAGACAAUGACACGGGGAGUCCCGGAGGAGCGUCGUCGCCGUCGGCACGCGCGGGAUAUAGUGGUCUCAGUGUGGGUCUCGGUGAUCCCGCGAAGCGUUUUGGUUUUCUGCACUUCUCGAACAACCUCAAGCGCACAGUUCCGAGUACGCAACCGCCAUUGCAUUUGCACCCACCGCGCGGGCUUUUGAUAGAUAAAUCCGUUCUGCACGGCGCCGAGUUAGAGACGGCGAAUGCGCUGAGCGACGCGGCGAACUCUCCUAGAAUCCAGAAACGCACGCUCUCCCACAUCAGUGGCGUCUCAGAUGGUGCGGCGUCAGAAAAGUCCCACUUGGUCAAGAAAGCACACGCCUACCACGAGCUCGCGCACGCAGCUGUCUUCGGCUCCAGAGAACACCGCGAACAAAAUGUGAACAGUGCGGCAGCUUCGGCCAGAAGUACGAGCUCGCCCUCUCCACGUAGCGGCGCACCGGAGCGGUCAGCCCGCCGCCAAUCGGAGAUUGGUAUACUCGGCAACGUACUCGGAUCCGCUUCGGAUCUGAGCCUCUCGCCACACAAACCUCAGUACAACCUGCACGCGCACAGUAAGCCCAACUUCUCGGCAAAAAACGUUGGAAAAAUAGGCUCGAACUUCAUGCUGGAUCCCGCUUACAAGACGAGGAAAUCGCUGGAGCAAUCCAGUACGCACUACAUCAAAGGAGGAGGAGGUAGAAGUUCGUCAAGUAACGUGAACAGGGGUCGCGCAUCAAUACAAAGCUCAGGUAAUCUCGUCAAAACGGGUCUCAUGAAAUUUACAGCGGAGGGUUCACCAUCGAGACUCGGAUCCCCAGAAUCAAGAACUGGCGCCGAAUCGGCAAGACUCUUUAGGUUAUCAAACUUUCUGUGAAGAACAAAAUAUAUUUUUCUAGUUUCAAGAUCUGCAUCAGGAGCUUGUUCAGGAAGUAGUUGUUGAUCUUUGCAUUCGUCAUCGUCAUAUACUUCGCGUGCAUGUUGGUGCUAAAGUAUUGUUGAUGAAUAUUCUUGUGGAGUUAGUAUAAGAAAGAUUCUCAGAAGUGGAAGUCAAUCCUUUUUUUUCCAAAAUUAUGCAGGACCGGUUCUACUGUUGAAAUGCACGAGGCGGACACAAAGGGCGGCAUCCAUGCGGACGAGGUCGAGAUGGGGCACGUUCCUCACAUUCUACUAGAUGAUAUGGACCUCAACGGGGCAAGUCCGCAGGCCCUAGCCAAGCGGGUGUCACAGGGAGGUAGCAGAAGUAGGAAGAGCCCACAUCAUAUUUUGGACGAGCGAAUGAAAAACCCGCAGCUUCUAGGUCGACGGCAAUCGCAGAUAGACCGGUCAUUGAGUAUUGCGGAAAAGCGACGUAGGUCGCGUGAAGAGAAGACCAAGCGAAAAUCCGACUUCCUCGACAACCACUACAAAGCCCAGGACGCGGCGCAUUCGUCUACCAUGCACGUCGUUCGCACAGAGGCUGGACGCGUAAUCAGUCGCACACAAAGCAAACUCGAGGAUACACAAUUUGAGGAGGGGGCGCUCACACCUGCUUCCUCCCGUUCACGCGGCGGGUCCCCGGCUUCCUCUCGGCGAGCGUCGCCUCAAAUGACCAGCGCUUCGGCAGCGACUAAGCAGAAAAAGAGCACCAACUUCAACUUCAAGCGGGGCGCCUCAUUGUUGGGUGGCCAGAUGAAUUUUGUGCCCGAUGCCCGCACGAAGAAUACCGGAAAAAUGCCCACCAACAAGAACAAAAAGGCGACAAGUAGUGCUAUUGGUACUCGAGAAACAGAGUGGAGCGACCCCGCGGAAGCAGCUCGCAGUCUCAUCGUAGAUCUCGGUGUGGAAGAGGACGCGGAGAAUGCGCGAACCUACGCCAGCGCAGUGGACGGGGUUGAGCAGCCCUCCCGCGCUUUUGCGACGGGAGUCGAAAAUGAUUCCGGUGGUCCUCGACAUUCUUCUCGCGCGUUUGUCUCAGCAGCGGACGAGCUUGAAGGCGACGUAGACGCAGUCAAGGAGGGUGGCUCAGAUGAACUACACGAAGGCGGUGAGCAAGCAGAGAAUGGUAGUUCCUCAGGAUCAUCGCUGGUGAGGUUGAGCACCGAUGCUUCCACCUCUGCCAGUAGAAUGAAGGAGGUUCCAUCGACGACAUCAACCGCGGCGUCUUUGCGUGGUAACGGCUCGCCUACAUUUACUUUCUACCCAGCCGAGGCGACAGGCGCCGGCGCAAAGAUGAUGGGUAGCUUCGGAGCAGCAGGUCCUCCUUCAUCCUCGAAAUUCUCGGCUACCAAGGCAGGAGAUUCAGGAGCAGAAAAUGAUAGCAAAAGUCGUGGGACGAUAGGAGCGACCACUAGUUCUAGUACAUCAACUUCAACAGGUCCUGGUGGCGUAGAGCAAGGGAGCGAAGCAAGAAUCGGCACGCGCAUAAAAGCGGUGAAAACGUCAACUCCGAAAGUCGGCAUGCCUGCGUUCAAUUUCCAUUUCGGCACUACGCCAGACACGACUGGUGGAGCCCUGCCGUUUGCAACCCUGAGUGGUUCCGAAACGACCGGUGGGAGCACCUCCUCAUUUUCCAGAAGUACCAGACCGGCAGCAGCAGCGGACAAGACGAGAAUGACGACCUUGAAUUUAGGCUCAUGGACCGGCGAAGAGGCCGAUGACCGCGAGCAGGAGAGCAGCGAGGUAACAGCAACGCCUCCAGGUUUGCGACCUAAAACCAACUACAACGUGGUGGAUAGAAAGAGCAGCACAACCGAGGCCGGAAAUGAUAUUAGAAGUAGGACUAAUGCUAAUCUUGUCCAUGCUCGUCAUCAUGGUGGGAGCACUAUGACCACGCCUGUUCUGAACCUGAUGAAAUCUGGAGUACCUGCUGCCUCUCGUACCAUGCCUUCAGCAAGUCCUAUGACUGGCAAGUUUAUAGUGAAUAAAUCCUCGAACCCUAAUAUCGACGACGGCGCAAAUCCGGGGCAGCGCACGCAGCUUCUGCUAGGGAGGAGAGACGCGGCAGGUAGUCGCGGAGCACCCAUUUCCUAUGCAACAUCUUCAUCAAACACAGGAGCUUCACACACAUCCGGUCUCAGGGGGGCAGGACAUCAUCCACGAACGCAGCAUAAUACGCAGGUGGACUUCUUUCGCGGGAAAAAUGAACAGCAGCUCUCCUUAAGGAACUCGCUGCCUGCGUCUGCGAGAACACAGGACGAAGAUGGAGUACGACAGCGGUGGUGGGAUGAUGUAAUGCCCGUUUGGGGUGAAAAGCGUGAAAAUGAAGAUGAAACUAGUAGAGGUGACAAGAGAAAUGCAAAUCCUGGUACUAGUUCAACAACAAGUAGUAGAAGGGGGAAUAAGAAGCCACCACAGGGACCAGCUUGCAUUAGCAUAAAGACAAAGCACUCGGACAUGUCUUGGACACCAGGGACGCAAGCGAGCGUUGAGCAGUAUGAGGGCGUACUUGCGUCCUCCCGCAGCGGGAAUCGCAGCAAAGUGGUCUCCACUAACUCGAGCAAGCGGUCUACGAGUUCGGCAUGUCUCCUGCACAAAUCUUCGUCACUCAACAGACUUGCUUCACCAGCUCUAAAAGUGCCCUCCCUCCUAGAUCUCAGGCUGAACAUGUCGUAA